CAGCAACUCACAAGGCCGCCACAGACACACAAGCAUCGACCGCCUGAGAAGGGUCAAAGGGUGAGCAGGAGGUAGCGGCCCGAGCAAGGGAAGAUCGCACAGGAUAGCUGCUUCGAGAAACCUCGUUUUUGGCGCACAAUAGUCGCGGACCAGGCGGCUAAAGGUAUUCACACAUCAAGUCAUGCGUCGGCUUUGGGUCAAGCGCGGCGUUAAUGGUACUCCUGCUUCCAUCCAGCUCCAAGGGGACGAUUUGGUCGAUGACUUGAAGGAUGCUGUCUUUCGCAAGUAUCCGGUCGCGCUGGCGAGGUCCUAUGAUGCACCCGACGUCAGCAUCUGUGUCGCGCUGCCGUCCUCGACAAAGCCAAACAUCACAGAGACUAAAGCGCUUGCUGUAGAUACGAGCGUCGAUCUUGUUGUCAAGACAUACUUCCCGAGUGGUCAACGCGUUGAAGAUGCAUUAGUCAUUCAAGUACCAUCAAAUUCACAAGCGCAUGCCUCGCCUUAUGUCAGUGGGCCUAUGCGACACAGUCCGCUCUCUGGAACGCUGGGUCUACUGACACAUGACAUGCGCGACUUUGAGUACUUUCCAGAGACUCCGCCGUUGACCAAUUCGACAGGUCAAUCAGCGCAGCAGCAACAAGCUCAACCUGGACAACAGUACAAUGCAAAUAUGUACAAUCCGCAUCAGUCGGCUCGCUCAUUAUCGGCCACGAGUCAUCAGCGCAGCCCGGGAUCUAAUAAUGUGCACGAAGGGUCCGUGAGGCCUGCACCACCCCUACAGAUGAGCUCUGCAAUGCGUACUGCAGCAUAUAGGCAAUCACCUCGACCGUCCAAUGCAGGAUCACAAACAGGCUCACAGCACAGUAUCGGCAGUAGGCGACACUCUUCGCACAAUGACGGGGACACGACGCCUAUGGCUACAACGCACCAGCCAGACCCGCAAAUACCACCGCCUCCGCCUCUUGUUCUUUUGGGUGCUGGAGACGAUCGAUCGGUCAGUCCGUCGAUUGUGCCUUUGUCUACAGAUGAAUUAUCUGCAGCAGGACAAUUGCAGCCUUCACAGUUACUAGAGGAGGCAGCAGCUAAUGCGGCAGGUAUCGAUGCAGGUAAUCAUGGUAGUCCUGCACCUGGUCGUAUGCGCCGUGACACAUCAGCAAGCAGUAACGAACCGAAAUCACGGCCACCGAGGCCCAGUCUCGGUCGAACACAUACCGCUUCGAAGCUCAAUAUUGUAUCGCCUGCAGCAUCAACGCACAGUUCUACGCAUUCGGUAGCAAAAGUCGACAAGUCUGUCAAGUUGAAAAAGGAGGCACCAGCCGGACCGGGUCUCUUUGGACCAGGCGGUCUGCUUGAAGGUGUCGUCCCUCCCAUUGUGGUACUCGUGGUGGAAGACAACAUGAUCAAUCAAAAGAUUCUCGAGACCUUCAUGAAGAAACGCAAGAUCCGGUGCUUGACUGCAAAGAAUGGAAGAGAAGCGGUAGACAAGUGGAAGAUGGGCGGCAUCCAUCUCGUGCUCAUGGACAUUCAGAUGCCGAUCAUGAGUGGUAUCGAAGCCACGAAGGAGAUCCGGCGGCUGGAACGCAUCAACAAUAUCGGCGUCUUUUCAAAGAAGGAGACAGUUGCCAGUAUUACCGACGAAGCGGAUCUUUUGCCUGCUGUGCAGCUGCGCAGCCCCGUCAUUAUUGUGGCGCUGACAGCUUCCUCUCUCCAAAGCGACAGGCAUGAAGCGCUCGCUGCAGGAUGCAAUGAUUUCUUGACGAAGCCGGUGUCGCUUGUCUGGCUCGAACGCAAGGUGUUUGAAUGGGGCUGUAUGCAAGCGCUGAUCGACUUUGAAGGAUGGAAGAAGUUUAGGAACGCAGCCGCGUAACGACCUGUUCCCGUUCUCGUGUAGGUAUGUAUGCAAUGUCUAGUAGACAGCUGGGCCCUUUUGACGCAAGGUCAAAAUUAGGUAUAUACUACUGCCUAUAAAGGUAUUGUGC